UUCAAUUUGAGAUGAAGUUUCGACUCUUAGGACAAUAAGAGUUGGCAGUGCAUAGAUCUCUACAAUGUGUUUCUUUUCUCCAAAAUAGCCAGAACACGUUUUUAAAAUGGCGAAUGUCGCAGCCAAAGUGAAAGUAGGGUUAUUUAGAAGAUUGGGUAACUACUUUCUCAACAUACUCAAUGAUUACAAAGCAGUGGCCUUAGAAACAGCUCAAGAUAUUAAAGAUAGGCCUGGCAAAACAUCAAUAUAUUUUGCAGGUAUUAUUACUGCUGGGAUCUUCAUCAAAGCUAAUCCAUCGGCUGCAGAUCUUGAUGAAGCUGUUAUAGAAAGUGCACAUGAACUUUCUCUUUUGUCUUCAUCUAUACGUAACAAAGAUUCAGACUCAUUCAUAAGUCAACUAAGCAGUGCACAUAGAGAUGGUCGCUUGCAUCAUACUAGCUUAAUGCUUUGUUCCUUGGUGUGGUUGAGUGAUUACUGUGAAGAUCUAGAUCUUUAUGAAGCCCAGUGUAAAUAUACUCAGUUGCCAUGGUAUGAAUUUCACAAGAAAAUUGUUGAUGUUGGUUUUCUGGGAAAGUUUAUCAAACUGAGUGACAAAAUGAAAAACUAUGAUGUUAAUGAAGAUGAAUGGAAAAAUGGAGACGAUGUUUCAACGUAGUGGUCAUAUUUUUUUUUUCUAAUUUUGUAAAUUAUUAAACAUAUAAAGUACUUGUAAAUUGUGUGUACCGGUAUGUUCCUUUUGUUUUACCAUUUGUUUUGAUGUAAAACUUGAAAUCCAGAAACAAACAAUUUGUAUAAAUCUCUUAGUUUACCAUGGACAUGGUGGCUGAGUGGUAAAGCGCUUGGCUUCUGAAAUGAGGGAUUUGGGAUCGACUCUCACUGAAUACUGGGAUUUUUAAUUUUGUGAUUUUCAGGAUGCCCCUAAGUCCACCCAGCUCUAAUGGGUACCUAAUAUUAUUUGGGGAAAGUAAAGGAAGUUGGCCAUUGUGCUAGAAUAAUAAGUCACAUGACACCCUCAUUAACCAUCUUCUGUAGAAUCAGAAUAUCUUUACAUCAUUGCCCUAUAGAUUGCAAGGUCUGAAAGGGGUGAUUUACUUUUUUGUACUACUAGACUGGCGAUACAUUAUAGUAUUAUAGUAGAAACAUUUUUUUUAAAUUUUAUUAUCAAUGUUUUUCUUAAAGAGCAUCUAUGAACUUUUUGACAAAUUUAAUUUCAAAUUCAGGGGCAUGGAUAUUUGCACACACACACACGCACUACUAAUUUGCUUUGGAUCAUACUAAUUGUCUAAUAAUCAAAUGGCUACUUUUCAUUUCUCACAUUUACAAAUUUCAAGAAAUUUAAACCACGGUUCAUUUACAUUUCCAAUAUCAUCUUAGUCAAUCUUACAUAUUUAAAUACUAAUAAUACAUUUCUAGAUAUACCUAUAGGCAACAUAAGCUAUAGCUUAGAGCUCCCACAUGUCUAAAUAUUUUUUUUUAGAAAAAAGCAAAGAAAUAAAUUGCCUUAUGUUGAUUACAAAGGAUCCCAUAUUUCAGAUUGCUUAGGGUCUUCAUGUCUGACAAUAAUUUAUAACACAUUGUUACUAUUAAAAUUAUCAAAUUUACACAGUGCUAGUAGUUUAGUUAUAACUUUUAACUGCCAUGGUGCUCAUUAAUAUCUAGAUGUGAUGAACAGGAUUUCUGUGCUUGUCUUGUGCUCUUGCUUUAGAAACUUCAAAGAUUUGUAUAUAACUCUUUAAGCUAAAAGCACAUUAUCUACUAUCAUUAAGUCGCUUGAAUAUCUGUAUAGAGCCUCCUCAGCUCAUAGUCAAUAACAAUGUCUCUUAAAAUUUUAAUUUUCACUUUCUUCCAGUGUUACAAUGAUUUGUUGCAUUAAUUGCUCCUUAGCAUUAGUUUAUGAGUUGAGUCAAUGGAUGUACUAUGGCUAGAAUGAUUUUUUCCAAAGUGACAUUUCUUGAAUCUCUGUGGUAAACUUUUUUUUCCCUCCUGACCAUUUGAGAUGCUUCUAGUUGUCUACAAAAUUGUUUCUUGCUUUGCCUCUAGACUUUGUGUGCUACUCGUAGGUUAGCCUUUGGAGAGUCCCUGAGUGCUUCAAUGCUCUUGAUUAUUUGAAUUACGUCUGGUUUCAAACAAGUGUCCUGGCUGUAAUUGACAUGCAAAUUACAUUCUAUCAUAUCUCCUG